CCGCUCCCUCACCGGUCCCGGCUGUGGCGGCCCGUGAAGGUUCCAGAAGCGGCUCCAGUUCGGGCGGGUCCGGAACCGUUCUGGGCUCCCGGUUCGGGAGAACCGGAGGCUCCCGGAGGCUCCCGGAGGCUCCCAGAGGGGCUCGGGGAGCUGCCGGAGGAGCCUGGGCGUGUCCGGGACUCCCGGUUCGGUUCCGGUGGGGUGGUACCGGCAGGGCCCGGUCGGUACCGGAGCCAUGAACGGCGGCGGGACCGCGCCGGGCCCGGUGUGGCUGGCGGUGAGCAGCUCCCUGAACGCUUUCCGUGCCUGUAAACGCUUCUCGCCUGCGCUCACCAUCGCCGAGCUCAAGUGCAAGCUGGAGCUGGUGGUGGGCUCGCCGGCGUCGUGCAUGGAGCUGCAGCUCUUUGGUGCCGAGGACGAGCCCCUGGGGCCCCUGGACUGUGACGAGGCCCUGCUGGGCUCCUACCCCGUCAGCGACGGCUGCCGCGUGCACGUGACAGACCGCAGCGGGGCCCGCGCGGGGCAGUUCGAGGACGUGUCCCAGGUGGCCAAGUACGAGAUGGCCGAGAGCGACUACGACAAGAGGACAGAGUCCAUGCGCUCCUUCCUGCGGCAGCGCUCGUGGGGCCGCUGGGACCGGGAGCGGGAGCAGGAGCGGGAGCGGGAGCGGGAGCAGCGCCGGGCUCAGGAGGCGGCGGCGGCGGCCGCGCUGCCGCUCGGGGCGCGCUGCGAGGUGCGGGUGCCGGGCCAGCCCUGCCGCAGGGGCGCCAUCGCCUUCGUGGGCGAGACGGAUUUUAAGCCGGGGUUUUGGGUGGGGGUGCGCUACGACGAACCGCUGGGCAAGCACGAUGGAAGCGUGGCCGGCCGCCGUUAUUUCGAGUGUCCCCCCAAAUUCGGCGCCUUCGUUCGGCCCCAGCACGUCACGGCCGGCGACUUCCCGCCCGAGGACGACGGCCUGGACGAGGAGCUCUGAUGGAAAAUUCCAGAAAAUUCCCAAAAUUCCAGAAAAUUCCAGAAAAUUCCGGAAAUUUUCCCGCUUUUCGGGAAAAAAAUCGCCAAAAAAUGGCCCAAAAUUCGCUUUUUUAGUCUCUUUUUUGGGGAGAAAAUGGGAAAAAAUUGUGGGGAUGGUGGCCUGGACCAGGAGCUCUGAUGGAAAAUUCCAGAAAAUUCCCAAAAAUUCCCAAAAUUUCCGGAGAAUUCCCAAAAAUUCUGGAAUUUUCCUGCUUUUUUCGGGAAAAAAUGGCCAAAAAAGGGCCCAAAAUUCGCCGUUUUCACCUUGUUUUUGUGCGGAAAAUGAGAAAAAUUUUCCCUAAAUUCCCUCCAGGAUCCCAAAAUUCCCUCCAGGAUCCCAAAAUUCCCCAAAUGUUCCCAAAAUUCCCAAAAUUUUCCCAAAUUCCCAACCCCCCCCCACCGGCCCCUCCAGCCCUGCCGCACGUUGGGCGCCCAAAGGGGCGUGGCUUUUGUAGUGGGCGUGGCUUAAUCCUUCAGCCAAUCAGCUCAUUCCUUGGGGUGGAUGAAGGGGCGUGGCCCCUUCUGGCCCCUCCCCCAGCUCAAAAAAGGUGAAACAAUCGAGUUUUGGCGCCGACCAAUCAGAGCGUGGGGUUUGGGGAUGAUUGACAGGUGGCUCAGCCAAUGGGAGUGUAGAGGGGUGAGGGAAA